AUGCCACCAAUUGGUGGCGAAAUUGAAAUUGUCGCUUGUUUAUGUGCUAUAUAUGGAAGCGGCAAAAGUGUCGUCUUCUUGGACGAAUCACUGCUCCAGAUUCAGUCGAUUACCGCCACAUUUGGAGCUAGCGGAAAGGAGAUUGUCAGCCUGGCCUGUGAAGACUUUGGCGGGCUCAUUGCCGUAUCCGAUGGCGAAACUGUUGCUGUUUUUGAACCUACCGAAGUAGGUGAUACGGGAAAAGCGCGCUGGAGGGAGACGCGUCGGUUGAGCCCGCGUGGCAAAGUGACUGCCCUCGCUUGGUUCCCCCUCACUUCGGGCGGCAAGGAGCCCACUCUUCUGAUUGGUUUUUCAUCCCCAUCCGCCUCCAAGAGUUCCUGCUACUACCUGAGCGCAUGGAACUUAACGGGACCUCUAAGAAUGGCAACUUCUUCCUCCUCCUCCUCUUGGCACUGCGCGUGGACUGAAGUAUCUCCAGGUGAGAUCGAACGUUUGUCGGUGUCGCCUGACGGUCGCUUCAUUGCGUGUCAGUCCGCCCAGUUGCUCGGUCGGACUAAAACCGACCCACCAUCUGGCCAUCGCAGUCGACGAACGCUUCAUGUUUGGCGUGAGAUGCCUCACUUUCACCAACCGUCAGAACCCUCUGAUGGGAAGCCCAAGCAAUCCUCCCCUCAGCGCCCCGAAUGGGUUCCUUUUCUUCUGAAUCACCCCGACAACGUAGUGUCGUUUUCCUGGCGUCCCACUUCUCGAUAUCUUCCCCCUGGCUGGAUUCCCAAUGCACUUUUAACUUCGUGUUAUGAUGGUGUGGCGCGGAUCUGGUUUGAAUGUUCACUUUGGGUUGAAGGUAUCAACGAUCCACGUCGAGCAAGUACUUCUGGCACCUCGCGUCAGUUUUCACCGUGUGAUUGCACCUCAUCCGAUGCCUCACUGGUUCCUGCCUUCGCUCAUCAUCCCGUCUUGCAGUACUACCUCAAGUUGCGACUAUUGCUUCCACUGGACACCGUUGCUUCGGACACGAUUUCAGAACUUGGUCAUCUAUUUCAUCUGAACAACCAGCCACAAGCUUCUAGCUUCGUCCUGGUUUCUUCAAUCAACGCCGCUGAUACAAAUUUAUCAUUUUUUUCGGCUGACUGUGAUGCAUCGUCUCUCAGAGGCGAAUAUAUCCUUCAGUGGAUGAACAAUAAGGCUAUUGAAUUUGAUCAGAAGUUCGAUCGUUUCCUGCGUCGCCUCAUUUCGGAUAUGGCUUCAUGCCCAACUGACAAAAUGGACACUGCCCAUGCCGUGGACAAGCUCAAGCAGCAGAUUGGUGUGCUGGACCACAUGGUGCUUAGGACAGUGAAUAAUUUGGAUCGCUCCGCCUCAAAUGGCAGUAUGCUUUGCCAGCACGUCUUCGCGCUGGUCGGUGGUACUUUGAACUCGGUUACGGACACUGUGCCCCCAGAGGGGACACAGUAUCGACACAUCUGCCAAACAACUGUCAGUCUACGUUCACGUCUGCCAAAUGUCGUUCUACCACAUGAAGCAUCCGCUAUCGCGCAUAAUCCCUUAUUAUUUAUCAAUUUUUCCGAACAUGAAUCCUCUUUACUGUCACCAGCCUAUCUGAUGAUGGCUGAUCUUAUCAUAGCUCGAUUGGAUCUUCAUCGUGAUGUCAAUAAGUCUUAUCUCCAACGCAUUCACUCCAUCCAUUCGAUCUGUUCACAGUCCUUGGAGUCUCGUAAUUUGUCAACUCUACACUUGUAUUCAUCUGCCAACGCCGAUGGUCGAGCCAUCAAACGCCUCAGUGCGUUCAGGGAUUCCACAAAAUUCUCAGGUGUGUUGAAUGUGAUGGCAAUGGCGCCGGGGGUGAUCAGCCAGGCGAACGGCCACGGUUUGCCGGUGGAUUUGAUGAUCUGUCACCCGAUGCUUCCCGUGGUCCUCACCCUCUCUGCCUCCGAACUCAUCCUCUGGCAAAUUCCUCCCCGUCCACCAGGUCCCCUCUCUACCCCGUCGUCCACCACUCUCCGUCUAUUCGGCUCUCACCGCGCUGGCGUUGGCGUUGCCCUUCCACCCUAUCGGACCGCCGCCUUUUUCCCCUGUCUCCUGUCACCGUAUCUUAAAACAUCCGACUCGGCAACCGCAGUGCAGCCACUGAGUGUUUUUGUCUCUGAGACUGCAAAUGCGCUAGAGUUCUUUUGUAUCACCACAACCGGCCAAGUUGUCGAAAUUGGGAAGUUUGAGACACGUGUAGAAGACGUUUGCUCACCCUUUCUAUGUGUGGUUCCCGCCGUGCCGCCCAUGGUAUCCACCUCUGAAGUUGCUUCCUCCUAUCUUGUGAUACGAAUCACUUCUGGCCCUUGUGGAGGUCAGAUGUCGCUUUGUCGGGCUGAGACAUGGCGCGUUGACUUGAAUCCGUGUUUUGUUGUAAACGCGACCCUUUCGGCAGUCGACGUACCUGUCGAAAAUAUACCCAGUUCAUCGGAUCCGCACUUUCGUUACAAAAUCAUCAUUGCUUCCAAGAAGGUGUCCGACCAAGAGUUGCCACUGGAAAUGGGGGUCCACGUGACAUCCGUCGGGUGGGCCCCUCCCUCUUACACCGGCAACAGCCUUCGCCACCCACCCUACCUCAUAACGACCACGUGUUCCGAUGGAGGAACCCGCUUCUGGACCGUCGCGACCGGAAGUAAUACCAAUCACCAGAUAUCUGCUGUCGAGUCUUUGCAAUGGGUAGAAUGGGAACUUCCUAUUUCGGAGCUCCACGCCAGUCGGAUUUAUAUUCCCUCCCAACUUUUGUCGGAGGAAUUAGCCGUGGAGGAGUCCUGUGAGAGCAGCAGCAAUCCGAGCGAUCCUUCUCAACCCCAAAGCAUGAAGAACAGCCAUUCUUAUGCCCAGGCAUUCGCGGCCGCUUCUGCCUCAAACUACCGUGUUGCCAUCUCCUGCGCUAGGCAUGCCAUGGAUCCUAUCAUGGUUGCUAUCUUUGAAUGCCAGUCAACUGGUGGAUCAGAGUGGACGCUGGAAGACAUUGUUGCUCCCUCGGAAGAAACUCGACCUUCUUCAGUCGCACCGUCCAAGAUGCCAGAUCUUCAGCUGGACUGGAUCAACACAGAGGACGGUGGGUGUAUGCUCUCAGUGUUUUGUGACCAAACCCUGGCAAUUUUCGCCAUUGUCUGCAGUGAGGUGUGCUCACCUGCAAAGCCGCAUGUCCAGACGUGUAGCACCAGAACUUCUCUUGGAGAGGUUGGUCUUCGUUGGGCCUGCAUUCAGCGCGUGAAAUUUGCCUUUGCUGACUCCAGUCUCUCUCAAGCUCAUCGGAUCCUUUGGCUUCCCGGCGGCCUUCUCGUGGUUAACCACGGAUCGGAGAUUCAUUUGUUUAGCCAGUGGCCAAGUCAAAAACGGCCUGGAACUGAACUGGAAACUGAUGUCGCCAACGGAGCCUUCGACAAAGUGGAAAGUCUGGAAGCCAAAAAAGUGGAUUUACCACAGCUCUUCUGGCGUCAUUUGCAGUUAAACUCUGAGAUUCGAUCAUUGUCUUUCCCAGAUCCCCAUGAUGCUGCGGACACGAGGUAUUUCUCGAACUCUUCGCGACUGAAGCCCAAACUGUCGCACGUCGUUCCUCACCUUUCGCUUUCCGAGUGCAGGGCAGGCCAGCCAUUUGACCACCCCAUGUUCACCAACUACGGUCUCUUUGAAGCUGCCCAGCUGUCGAACCCCCUAUUGCCUCAGUUUCAUCCCCGUCAGCUGUUCGAGUGGUUGAAUUUUGGUCGGCUGCGACGUGUUCAGGCCCUUCUCGUGCACCUCACUCGCUGCCUUUCUGCUGUCGAUGUUGCCUGUGGUGGUGGCGGCGAGGAGGCAAUGCUUGAGAAUGACGUGCCGCUGCCCACUGUUCACACUGCGACCUCUGCCCGUCCUCCUGAUCUCGAAAUACCGCCACUACCGCUCUACGUCCUCCUCACCUUGGAUUCGCUCAGCAGUCAUCGCGCUACCACAAAGUCCCCAUUCGGUGGCAUGGACCACGUCGAUACAUCCGUGACCAGUUACAAUGGGCUCGACUUUACCGAUGAUGGCCCGUUCAGCUCCCUGGAUGACGAACUCGCCGCCUCUCUGAGUGGGGCUGAGGAUGUACCCGUGUCUGAUGUUGAUGCUACUGCCGGCGCGACUGGCGCUUUAUCUCAACCUGAUCAUUGGCGUGCCUCGCUGGAAGCUCUGGGCUACCUUCACAACGGCCAUCCUUCCAACCCGUUGUGGGAUCCAAAUAACCUAGAUGACCUCUAUUCGCUCCUUAAAUUUGGUACUGAGGAGGCCCAAAUCUUGUCCGAUUUAUUGUCCAGGUACCAUCUUCCAGGACUUUCGCGUUUGGAUCAAAUGUACCUUCUGGGAAUCGCUGAGUUAAUGGCUAACACACGAGCCGAAAUCACCGACCGACUCUCCGGAAUCUCGGCUGCCGUCCAUCAAGUUUUGCCCGAUAGGCAUGGUGGUAACGGAUUCUCUUCGAAUGGCAUAUCUGACUUGGAACUGGAUGAAUGCGGUUUGCGGUUUCUCAUGACAAUGCGCCUCUUUUCGUACCUGUGUGGGACCUUGCCUCCCGGCAAAAGAAAUCAACUAUUGAAAUCGGGUCUAACAAGUCGAAGUUUCGUGUGGGCGUUCCACUCGGAAGCCGACGAGGUUCUGCUUAACUUUCUUCCUUCACGGAAGCAUCAGCGUCAGCAUCCAGCAAUCGAUUCCAGCGGCAACAACAGCGGCCUUUCGUGGUCAGAAUUUAAACGCUAUGGCUGUGGCUGGUGGCUUCGCAGUGAGGCCGCCCUAAUGCAAUGCUUGGAAACGGUGGCUCGGUCGGAGUUUUUGCGCACAAAAGACCCCAUGGAAUCAGCAAUUUUCUAUCUCGCGAUGCGCAAGCACACAGUGCUAGCAAGUCUUUUCAAGUCUACCGGUAACCGAAUGUUGGAGAACUUCUUCCGUUCCGACUUCUCCCCUGGCUCUGCGGCCUGCAGACAAGCCAAACUCAAUGCCUUUCGUCUGCUGAGCCAGCACAAGUACCACCAAGCGGCUGCUCUCUUUCUGGCCGGCGGGUGGCUCGAGGACGCCAUCAAGGUGUGCGUGGACUCCAUAAAGGAUCUGCAGCUGGCUGUCGUUAUCGCCAGACUGCAUUCGCUGUAUCCCGGGGUUUCGGCGUUCUGCGAGGGCACUGCCUCUCCCUACCACAAAUUUCUCCGUGCGCAUGUGAUCUGCCAUCAAGACCCCUACCUCCGGAGUAUCGCAUACUGGGUUCUAAUGGAACCCCUGAACGCACUUAAAACCCUUUUGCAAGAGCCCUCUCUUCGAGCGGAUGAAAUGUCUUCGGUCAGAUGUCGUCAUCCCUCUGGAGGUCUUUACUCCAUAGUCGAUGAGGUCGACUUUGAGGUGUAUCCAUCGGUAUUUAAACUCUACACUUACCUCCGAUCGCACCCUCUCGUGCUGCGCCAGCUACGUCUGACGGACGAAAGCAAAGCGGUACGCAAUCAGCUGAAUGAGUCGGACAGGCGCCUGUACUUCCGCACCGCCUACCACUACAAUGCCAUCGGGUGUCCCGCCCUGUCACUGGAGGUUCUCAAUCGACUGCCGCUUUGUUCCCCAACCAACACUGUCCUCUCGAAGAAGGUUGACGAGACAUCGUCUGAAUCCGUGCUAUCUACGAAAGACACAAAUACACUGUUUGGUCUAAUUAAACGCGUCGAGGCACCACCAAGAGAGACCAACUUCACAAUUUCCUAUGAUGACAUUGGGGACAACGUAAAGUGCACUUUCGAUGAAAUUGCUCCGUCAGUUUCGCCUUCUGAAUCCAACGUUUUGAAUGCACCCUUGUGUCAUCAGGGCAAGAAUUCUACUAAUCUAGGUGAUGUUCUUGCCAGGCUUGAUUUAAUUCACCUUGACAUAAAGGUGCUCGUCUGCCUUCGUCUAUUUUCCAACGAACUAUGCGGAUUUUCAACUUCCCUUUCGACUGAGGGGAGCCGCAUGCGACAGCAUAUUUGGAUUUGGCUGGAGAACGUGGUUGCGAUCAUAACGGACAUCACAAAUAUUCUCAACAAUGACUCUAGUUUUAAACAUGUGCCGUGGCUCACAAAGUCACCUCCUCGUUUCACCUCUGAAGAGCAGCCCACAUUUUUGCCACUUGACGAUCACGGUGUUGUUGAAGAUGGUGAGGUGGUGGUAUCUCCGUGCGGCCAAGUAGAGGAUUUGCAUGUUUUUAACUCCCACCGACGUAAGUGGAUAAAGUCAAACCUCUCCAUCCUGCAAAGUCUCAUUAAUUUCUGCAAUCUCCACGGCGAUACGGAUGUCAAUCUCUGCAUAGUUCGUCUUGAACUCGUUCACCUCAUCAUGGAGACCCUGUCCGGGCCUACUCAGUGCUCCCCGUCCCCACACAACUGUCUAUCUCGUCUCGUGAAGUCCGUGCCUCUCUUUCGUGCUGUUUACAGUCUGCCACCGGAUAACGUCACCCGCCUCCUUCCUCAUCCAUUUUACAUCAUCAAAAGUCUGAUCGAUGACAUAAAUGCACUGCUCGCCGAUAUCCCCCCGCCCUACUCAAACGUCCAACCUGUUGUCGCGCUUGGAAGAAGUCGUUGUCCAUCACGAUGUGAUGGUGAUCUGUUUCGUCGGAUAUCCAUUUUGCGGAAUCUCUGUUUGUCACUGUCCGCCUGGGCACUUCAGUGUCUCUCACCCGGUGGUUGGCGAUUGGGUCAUCGUAGCAGCUCGGGCGUCGCUGUUCCCGCUAGCCUCAUUACCAGUGGAUCGCGUAUCUCUGAUCUCGUGUGCGCCAAGUCCGAUGACUGCCAGGCGGUAAAUCGGCAGCACUGUUUGCUGGGCGUGCUUGCCGAGGCGCUGCUGGCCGUCUACAUGGGACUGGGUUUGUGCGCGCUCUACUCGCGGGACUGCUCGGCUUUGUACCGUCUGGCCAGCAGUGCCCGUUUGGGCGACGCCGCCAUCUGGGCGCGUGUCUUCGGUGGUGGCUACAGGGCCAAGCCAAUCAGACCACCGGCCCCACUCUCCCGGUCAUCAUCGCCACCUGCGACGUCAUCGACACACGCGCCUCUCCUCGCCUCAAAUACCACCGCCUUCUUCAUCUCAGACGAGUCCGAAUGCCAGUCCUUCGUCUCCCACUUCUCCUGCUGCAACGGCGAAAUCGUCCCCUCGCGCCAAGACAUCUCAUCAAGCACGUGGCCGAAUGGCCCAAUGGACGGUAUUGCUGACAUGGAGUUGAAGGGGACGGGGGUAGGCUCACAGAGGCGCACGGGGUGUCCGAAAUCUACCUCGUCUGCACCACGUCGGGACGAGUGGUUUCUGCCGCCACAAUGUUCCAUUGUCAAAUGCCUGCUCGAAAAACCCAAGAAAUCAGAAGAGAACCCCUCAGAUGCGGCCUCUAUUUACGACACUGAUGACUCCAACUAUGGCAGUUAUGUAGACUCUCCGAAAUGCAGACGGCGUAGACACCGACGUCACCGACGUGCUCCGAAGCAUUUGUUGGCCGCCGCAGAGGAAUCCCUCGAGAUCACUGAGGGCUCCGAUGGUACCGUUCAUCAGUCCAGUUCUGGCUUUCCCGAUUCCUUCCAUUUCAAUGCCACGGUCUCAUCAUCGUCAUCAAGCAGCGAGAGUGACGGCAGUGACGAGGACGACCACCACAAUCGGCAGUGGUCCCGAGGUGACAGCUAUGCCUGGCGUCUGAUGCGCCUCGCAUUUGUUCGGCUCAUGGGGCAGCAGGUUAAGGAACUCAUCAACCUGCUUAACCUCGAUAAUGACCAAUUAACAACAUACGCGCCUUCAUUGCUUCAAUAUGCUGGCGUAUUGAACCAGUGGCUAGCGGGCUACGAGAAGAUGAUGACAGUUGGCGUUGAGGCAGACGCGAAGGAAGAACUGCGUAGCUUCAUCCCCGGUGUGGAUUUGUGCAGUCCGCAGCAUCCCUCUGACGAUGCUCCCGGUGGAGUUGUCUCACGAAUGGCGCUUCUCUUGAAUCACAAUGCGUCACCGUUCCAAACUCGCGACCCCUGUUCACUGCCAGUGAAACGCCUCUGGUUCUGUCUACUGGGUCAGCCAACUCUAAGCGAGACCUUUGUCCACUGGAUUUACCGCCUCCCAAGUCAUCGUAGUCAAUCACAAAAGACUACCAAGUGGGAGGACUCGAACCAACCUCCCACGUCGUCUUUUUCUCCAAUCACCGACAAAAAAGACUUGUGUGAAAGUUCUCCUACGUUCAGGGGAAAUAGCAAGGAGACGGCGGCGCCUGCUGUCGAUGCCGGCGAUGCGCAGGACCCACCCCUCCCGACGCUGCACGAAUUCCACUCGCAACUCCUACACCGCGAAGCGGAACCCGCUGCGUGUAUUUGCAUAGACAAAGUGCAUGGCAAGUAUGUGGCUGUGGCGCUGCCGAAACAGCUGAUCGAAAUCUCCCUCUCGAAUUUCUCAGCAGCUGAUUGGUUGUCUGAUGACGUUGCGCAUGAAAGAGCCCUUCAUUCAAAAUCUUGCCCCUCCCUGCUUUACAAAUCAGCGUCGGAUUAUGUAGAACGGAUGCGCGAAUCAAGCGAAGCGGAGACACGAGAAAUAUUUCCAAAGCCUGGUUCACACGUCGCCCUCAAGCGGUCCGUGUGUGGUGUCCAGAAACUGUCUGCGCACCCUCUGCUGCCUUUUUAUCUCUGCGGCACAGCGUCGGGUUCAGUGCAUGUUCUCGAGUGGACCUCAGCAGAGCCGGUGGUUUCCACACUAACCAAUACCUUUGCACUCACAUUCCAGGGUCUUGCGGCUCCCCUUCCCAUCGGAGUCAGGGGUAACCCCGUUUCGACCUUGCAUAUGGACUCCUCCGGCAAGCGGUUCGGCUGCGGCGAUAAUGCAGGAAACUUUGGUUUGUGGAACCUCGAUAUUAGUGGAUCUAACCAGCAUCCAUACUUUAACUGUCGUUGUCAUGGCCGAGGGAUUCUGGACUUCACCUUUGUCCGGGGCACCUCAACGCUCUUCGCAACUGUUGGUAUCGGUGGCACACCACUCUUUGUGACCGGGAACGCGACUGGGGCCGCAUUUUCUCUCUCCACAGCCGGUCGCAGCAGACACGGCACGCUUUUGAGCGCCAUUGCACCCUCGGAUCUCGAGGCGGCAAACUUGGCCCUCUGGGACGCUCUAAUGCCGCCCAAAAGAGCAGCAGUUUUGUCCUUUUCGGAGGCCCCUUUGGACAGCGCGUGUACUUGUGUCGCGAGCGUGCCUUCUGGCUCCAGUGACUGUCUUUUGGUGGUGGGCACGAGGCGCGGUGAACUCAUCGUCGUUGACGUUCGCCGUCAACCAGGUGUUGUGUUUGUUAAUCAGAAUCCCCACGACGGGUUAGCCCUGCGCUCUGUGUACUGCGACAAAUCCACCAACACCCUUACUACAACUGGCGCUGACGGCCUCGUAAAAGUGUGGCGUCUCUCCGAGCCGAGUUCUCUAUUGGCUACAUUCCAACCGGACUGUGUAAGUACUCACGGCUACCGAGCGGCUGCUGCGGCGUCCAUAGCAGCAGCGGCUCUGUUUCGUGGCAACCAAUCGGCGGCUGUUGCGGCCGCCGCUCGCUCGGGUAUUGCGCACAUUCUUCCUCUUCCAUCUACGUUGUCUGCGACCGAUAAUGACACGGGUCUUCCAAUUCACGGAAGUCGAUUCCUGGCUUGUGGCUUCGAUGGCUGCAUCCAACUCUGUUCUGUAACCCUUAGACCCGAACCCGUGUGGCCACAAAAUUAA